AUGUCCCUCAGUUCUUUAGGCAAAGAAUGGCGUGGCCCGGGCGGUGAGUAUUGCGGUGACCCCGCUUGCCCGGGUUCGCUGAGUGUUAGUGCACCUUACCUGCACUCGCUCGCCACGGCCUACUGCAUCGCUGGUCCAAUAACCGCGUGCGUAUUACUCCCGUCCGCCGUGGAUCCUCUGUGUGCACCGCCUGCUAUGGAGCCUAUUGCCUGUCGAGCGUGCUUCGCGCCGCUGCAGCCAGACGACCCGCACACCCUGUGCCCCUCCUGCCUCGGGGUCUCUCACCUCCGUGAAGCUCUGUCUGACCCUUGCGUGCAUUGUGCGACAAUUCCCUUCGCCUCACGCCAACACCGGCUUGCGUCCGUCCUUAUUAACGACGACGCCAUGCUCUCCUCCUCGGGUUCCUCGAUGGUGAAAACAGGAACUAAGCGCUCUUCUUCGCGACCUGCGGACGAGCCAGCACCAAAAAGGAAGGCAGGUGCUCUACGUUCACGCCUGGACCGCUUGGAAGCUCUCGUUACUCAGCUUCAGAGUCACCAGCUGCCCGCUGCCCUCCAGCUCGGCGCUGAGACCGCCGACUCCGAGCCCGUGGAGGAUGAUGAUGAUUUACUCUCCACUGCAGCCACGGAUAGCCUCUUUACUUCAGGCAAUGCUGCUGACUACACUGGGCGGGCUGUUUCCCUCCCACGAUCGCCCCUCUCUGCAGCGGGCUCUCCUCUCGGCUCCGGCUCGGUUGUGGAUGAUGGAAGUGCGUUGGAGGACACUUCUCCCCUCCCAACUAUGGUUCGCGCUACUCUGGCUCGGCUUGGCUCCGCUCCAGCACAGCCUAAUCCCAGCUCCAGUGCUUACUUUAAGCUAACCGCGGCGGAUAGCCCCGCUCUCAUUCCUCCUUGCAGCGCAUUUGUGGGAGAGCUCCAGUCAGCCUUUUUGGCUGCAGCUUCGCGAUCUCGACCUUCUUCCCUGGCUCGGUCGUUUUGGAACAUGUCCGACGCGGCUCAGUACGGACUGGAUCGUAUCCCUCCAGUGGAGCCUUCGGUCGCCUCCCUGGUUGUUUCUCCUGACGAAGCGCUGCGUUCUGAUGUCCGAUGCCCAAGCAAGGCAUGCAGACGCACUGAUGAAGGUAUCGCUAAAGCAUACAAUCACGCAGCGCGCAUUGGCCGGCUGGAUAAUACUAUUUCUCAUCUCCUUUUGGAAAUGGAGUCUUCACCUCAGCUGGUAGAUAUGCCUUCUGCCUUUAGAGGUGCUCUGCAGACUGUUCUACAUGGAAUGGGAUUCCUGACACAGGAGUUAGGCAGUCUUAUGGCUAGCCUUGUGAGAUUACGCCGUCAUUUGUGGCUUUCUCAAGCGCCGUUGUCUGAUGCGUGCAGAACCGCGCUCCGGGAUCUCCCGUUAAUGCCCGGACAGUUAUUCGGACCGGCGGCCACAGAGGCUUUGGAGCGCCGAGCUCGUAUGACCGAGACGCGACAGCAGCAGCCGAAAUCACACGGCUCUGAGCGUGUGUUUACACGCCCGCGUUCAGUUCUUCCACAGGCUCGCUCUGAUCAGAUCAGGCGUAUGCCAACUCAGCUCCCCCUCGGCGCCCCCCCGCUGGAACGAAAGGACCGCGCGCUUCGCGCUGACAAGCAGGGGCAGCCAGUGGUUGUUUUCACGGACUCUCAGCUGGCUGCGUGGUCCGUAGCUUCCACGGAUCGCUGGGUUCUUUCGACCCUGAGUUACGGGUAUCGGCUCCAGUUCAGGAGUCGACCCCCGCGAGUCGCACGUUUGAUUCAGACACGUGUAAAAAGUUCAGUUCAUGUAAACACUCUUCAGGAGGAAAUAUGUGCUCUUAUUGCAAAACGUGCCAUAGAGGAGGUGAAAUGUCCCGUGUUUUUUCAGGGACACUGCUCCAAAUAUUUUCUAGUGCCGAAAAAAGACGGCGGCUUCCGCCCGAUUCUGGAUUUGAGGGGGAUGAACCGACACCUCAAACGAUUCACUUUCAAAAUGAUUCGUCCCGUGGAUGUGCUCCAGGUGAUUCAGCCAAACGAGUGGUUCACCACUCUGGAUUUAAAGGACGCAUAUUUCCACAUUCCCAUAGCAGCUGUACACAGGCGUUUUCUCCGCUUUGCCUUUCAGAACCGAACUUAUCAGUACCGGGUUCUUCCGUUCGGGCUUUCGCUAGCUCCGAGGGUCUUUACCAGAUGCAUGGCGGCGGCGUUAUCUCCGCUGACUCGCGCUGGAAUGAAGAUCUUGCCGUACCUGGACGACUGGCUGAUCUGUUCACUCUCGCGGGAGCAAGCGAUGGCAGAUCUCAAAGUGUUGCGAUCUCACGUAGCAGGGCUGGGGCUUUCCAUCAACCUGGAGAAAAGCUCCCUCUGCCCGAGUCAGUCUGUUCAGUUCAUAGGCAUGAACUUAGACUCGCGAGCAAUGAAAGCAUCUCUGACGACACAGCGUGUGGUGAGUAUUCUGGGAUUACUCUCCAGAGUUCACGUGGGCCGCUGCGUCCGCUACAGUCACCUGUUACGUCUGCUGGGAAUGUUCACAGCGGCUGUGUGCAUUUUGCCGCUCGGUUUGCUGGAACUGCGACCGUUUCAGAUCUGGAUGAAUCAUUUGGGGCUCGAUCCGAUCCGUCACAAACACAGGCUGGUGCUGAUCGAUCAGGGGUGCGAGGAGGCUCUCGCCCCGUGGAGGCGCCGCUCUUUUCUCAUGGCGGGGGUACCGCUGGGGGUCGUGGCAUCACGUCGGGAAAUAAUCACCACCGACGCAUCUCUCACGGGUUGGGGUGCUGUAUGGCAACGCAGCGCUGUGCAGGGUUCUUGGAGUUUUCACCGAGCCCAGGACCACAUAAACCUCCUCGAGCUGAGAGCGGUUUAUUUGGCACUCCAGCAUUUUCUGCCACAACUCCAGGGUCGUCAUGUUCUUGUACGUUCAGACAAUAUGACAGUUGUUUACAACAUAAACCACCAAGGUUGUACUCGUUCCCUGCCUGCUCUGCGUCUGGCACGCAGCAUCCUCACCUGGGCAAAUCACAGGCUGGCAUCGCUGCGGGCGAUUCAUCUUGCUGGGACCCUCAAUCUGACUGCGGAUUUUCUCUCAAGGCAGAGGUUGGACCCGGGCGAGUGGUGUUUACACCCGGAUGUGGUGCGUCAAAUAUGGGAUCGUUAUGCCAUGGCUGCGGUCGAUCUUUUUGCGAGUGCGACCACCACACACUGCCAGCGAUGGUUCUCUCGCAUGGACGAAGAGAGAGCGAUGGGGACGGACGCGUUGGCACACGAAUGGCCACGCUGCCUUUUAUAUGCCUUUCCCCCAAUUCCGCUUCUUUUGAGCGUCCUGCUCCGAAUUCAACAGUGCAGACACAGUGUCCUGCUGGUAGCUCCACAGUGGCCUGCCAGACCCUGGUUUCCUCUGCUUCACUGCCUACUCAGCAGCGAGCCCUGGCCACUUCCUGUGAGGAGGGACCUUCUCUCACAGAUGGGGGGGCGACUGUGGCACCCGUGUCCGGAACGCCUCCAGCUCUGGGUGUGGCCUCUGGGCCCCCUGAUGUUUUAAUGGCUUGUUCUGCCUCUGUGAAAUACACUGUGGAGAAUGCCAGAGCUCAGUCUACCCGUCUCUUAUAUGGUAACCGUUGGAAGCUGUUUUCUGAUUGGUGCACUAAGUUCAGGGUUUCUCCUGUGCACUGUGAUAUUCCUGUAGUGCUGGAUUUCCUCCAGCAUCUGUUUGAUGCGGGUAGGGCACCUUCCACAUUGAAAGUUUAUGUCGCUGCCAUAUCGGCCCGUCAUGUGGACAUUAAUGGAUCAUCCUUAGGUUCUCACAAACUGAUCUGUGGCUUUCUUAAGGGUGCUAGGCGCCUAAGGCCUGUCAGGACCCCGCGCUGCCCUCAGUGGGAUUUACUUUGUGUUUUAAGCCUCUUAAA